AAGGAGGAAAUAAAGACAGCCUGUUCAGCUCUUUGGGGAAGAGCUCUUGGGUGGCGCGACAGUUUGAUUGUGUGGGCUGUGCUGCAUAAGUUUUGUUUGUUUUCAGCGUGUGUAGAUUAUAAAGUAUUUAACUCAAUCAUCAGUGUAAUCGCUCUAGGUCGUGGUUGUUUUAGUUUGGGACUGCGCCGGUUAUGGUCGCAUGGAUUAGUAGCAACAUUUUGUGAAGCUUUGACAUACAAACCAACAAACCAUCAAACCAUCGGAUAUUCAAGGAAAACUGCAACGGUUCAAAACACAAAUGGAAACUAACCAUCAUCAUGUCGUAUUCUUUCUUGAGGAGGAACAAAAACAGAGAGCAGAUGAGUCAGCCUCUGUUGUGAAGGGAGUGUGUUCUUAUCUGAAGGAAGUUAUGGAGGACAUGAAGAACUCUCUCACAGGGGAAUUACGAUUUUCGAUUGAACAGACUCAAAAGGACACCGUUAAUGAGAUGGAAAAAGCACAGAAGGACACAGACCUUCAAAUAGAAGAGCUGCACCAGGAGGUAAUGCAGGGCUUAUCCCUUCUGGACAAAUCUCCUGCACCUCCCUCAGGAUUUACCUCUGCCACUGGCUUGGCCAGUAAUAGAAUAGGAACAGGUAGCACGACAAAAACCCCUCUGAAGAUACUGUUAAACAGAACUCCCGUUGCCACUGUCAUGCCUCCUCUAGAGCGCUCCCUCCCUAUCAAACUACUUUUCCCCACUUUUGGCAGCCCAGAAGAUGAUGAUCCACUGUUUUUCUUAUCUACGUGUAAUGAUUUUCUUUCUAUCCGGCCCCUUACUGACUUGGAGGUUCUUGCCACCCUCCGCAGUGUUCUCCAUGGUACAGCAAGAGACUGGUGGGAGAUAGCCCAUGAACAUGUGUUAACCUGGGAGGAGUUUCAAAAAAUAUUCCUCUCAGAGGACUAUGGGGAUGAACUGGCAGAACGUGUCCGUAACAGAGUCCAGGGUGAAGCAGAGCCAAUACGGGACUUUGCCUUCUCCUAUCGCGUUCUAUGUAGGAGAUGGAAGGCUGACAUUACUGAGCAGGAGAUGGUCAAACUCCUUCUUAAGAACAUGGUUCCCCGCCUUGCUAGGCAACUUCGAGAACGUGUGCAGAAUGUGGAUGAUCUGGUGCGUCUGGGGACUCAGUUUGAGAAGGACUGGAAGCACCACCUCCAAACUAAAAACCCUGUUCCCUCAUCCCAUUAUACCCAUAACUGUCCUGGGGCUAAACCAUCUCAGAUAUUUGUACCCAAGAUCCAGGUCAAAAGUCCAGUGAUAUGUUGGAGGUGUGAAGUCCAACAUCCGCCAGAUUCUGGCCCGCUCUAUGUCCAGCGUCAGGAUUCAGGAAAAGGUCAGAAAGGACAGAAGACCGAAAGUCUAGACAGGCGUGGUGGCUUGCAUACAAUUGGGUCAGCCUUAAUGCCCACCAUGAAGCCUUUAGACAGCACAACUACCUUGUCUGGGUCGGUGGCUGCCUUCACAAACCUUUAGCCCAGGCAGAAGAAGCGACCAGCCAGAAGAAGGUGAACACAGACGUCACAACGAAGUCCUGAGGAGCAUCAAGUUAUAAAUCAUUAGCAACAUACAUCAUCAUCAAUUUCAAAUCCUCAACAGAAAUGUAAUCAAUCUCAUCAUUGUCAUCAUCAUUAACAUCAUUAUCAUUACUAGAAUAUUAAUAAUAGUAGCAGAGGUAGUGGAAUAUGGUUUGGAAGAUGCAUACUAGAUACAAGAAGAUCGAAAGACAAACUCACAAUCCGGGCUCCCUUGCAGCCUUCACGGUAUUUCUCCAGAAUGAAAACAUACUGUGGUGGAAUAUUCUAAUCAAGUGAGAGAGACUUUUUCAUUUCUUCAUACAAUCAUCUUUAUUCAAUAUUGAUUAAUUAUUUCAAUAAUUAAGACCACACAGCCCAAAAGUCUUGACUGUUGGGCCGAGCAGCCUACCCUUUACAGACCAUGUGGUUUCUUAUAUAGCUUAUACCAAGAAUGCUCAGUCAUGGCUGGUUCAACCCCCUCCCAUAUAGAUUGGGGGGCACCACAAGCCACUUUGGUUGUUCCUGUGGUCAUCUGCCUCUGGUGUUAUUUUUAACCUCGUUUUAGGUUCCCAGAUUCCAGGAUAAUUAGGAAUACUGAGGUCUUUGUUCUGUUCCUCAAGGCUCUCUCUCUCAGUGACACCCAGCAUAUCUUAUCUAUGGAAUGCCAGGUGUAGGUUUUUAGGCUCCUCUCAGUUUGUAGGUUCUUAGGCUCCUCUCAGUUCACACAGACAUUUGAUGAGAAGAUGGGAAUCAGAGAGAGAGAGACAACGAGAGAGGAAGAGAGAUGUCUAAUUGGGUUAAUAUAGAUUCAUUUUCCAUCCAUGACGCUUGCAGCCCAGUGGUACUGUAAAAAUGACAGACAAACCAUAUUUGUGCGGGUUCAGGGGGCUACGUGUGACUGAUUAGGCUUACUGACCUGAAUGGAUACUCAAACUCCACCUCAAUGCUCAGGUCACUCUCUGACUGGUUUUUACACUCCACACUCAUCUUGAACAUGCCAGAGUAGCUGCCGCAUGUCGAGAAAGCAAAGAUAGCAAAGAUCUGAAAGAUACAGAGGGGGGAAGAGAAGAUGAGAAGAGUUAGAGACAGGACGUCGAAGUUAAAGGAAAGUGAAAGAGAAGGGGCUGAACAAUUUAGUAGUGAGAUCAAAGGAAUGGGGAAAAUAGGGUUGUAAGGAUGAGACAUGUGGGGAGAAGCAAAAUACAUCUAAUAAAUUGCACUUAUACUGGAAUGAGUUUUUGGAGAUUGUGCUCUGUCUAGGAAUUAGCAUAACCCUAGUUUGGUCUGAAAUAGGUGUUGAUGAAAGGAAAGUCCAUGCAGUAUAAUGCCAACCCCCGCUAAAGGCCUACUGUUACUGAAGAAGCUGACACUGUGGUUUCACCACCUGCUGUGUCUUCUGCACUCCAAUGUUCCACCAAUCACAGCAGGCUGUUGACAAAGGCACCCAGAGUGCAAAUCAAUGUGGCUAUAUCGCCAGCUUACAGAGCUACACUUGUUGCCAUGGUUACCCCGACACCUAAAGUUGUGCACUUGAGGUAUUAAGAAAAUACAAGAAGUGUAAAAUAACAUGUUUGGUUGAUAUGGAUGUACUAUCUGUUGUACCAAAUAAGUUAUGAUCUACUCUUGGCAUCAGGCUACAUUACUACAGUAGUAGAGUAUUGUAACCCAGCGCUUGUGCACGUGAACGCUUAUCUACUCUCUUACACAAACACACACACACACACACACACACACACACACACACACACACAGAGAUGCAUGCUGCGCAAAUACAUUUGCCAUCACAAAUACACACACGCACACCUAUCUGUAUACCAACCUGCUCUCAUACUCUGGAAUACAUUGCUGUAAAUACUCAGAAUAUAUUUCAACAUGGCUUCGUCGAGCCUUCAAAUAUACACAGAUUCUUCCACACUUCUCUAUUGAUGAAAAAUGUACAGAUGGUACGUGUAACUAAUUUCCUUAUCUCAUUUUUAUCUACAGCACUAACACAGUCACACCUCCUCCACUUCCUCUCCUUAUCAACAGGUUUUAAUAAUGAUUAUAGAGGAGUGUGAGGGGAGAGGAUGAUACUUUUAGUUUGAAGAACAGGCAGAUCUAGCACCAGGCUACUUAGCUCUCCCACAUCCUUCAACAUAGUUACUCUAAAUUCACAACGUUUGCCAAAUGAUCCUCUUGUAAGAUUGUAGUCUAGCAUUCACAGUAACAUAGAUGAUCAUCAUUUUCCUUGAUCUGCAACAAACAAGAACUUCAAGGCCUGGUUAAUUAAGAUGCUUUGUCUGUUCACACUGAUGCAUCGUAUAUGUCACUCCCUUAAUGCAUCGGCACCACCACAGUUGACACACAGUGCU